GCACUGAACGCAGAAAGUACUUGCUCUCAACACAAGCCUGUCCAUUGUGCUAAGGAAUGUAGGCAUGCGAUACACAGCGUGUAUUUAAAAAGAGUGGACUGUGUUUAUAUAUGCCCAGCACCUAUAUAAUAUGAAAUGACGCUGUAUUGUGUGACUACCUGAUCUGACCUACUUAAGCUUCAAGACACACCACAGCAACGAUGUCAAUCAAGGUGAACGUCUGGCUGCCCACCAUGUUCCAAGAUGGCGUCAAGUCGAAAGCUCACGCCAGCCUUGAACUUUCCGACGGCACCUACAUCAGCUGGGCCUUUAGGAACAACGACGACACCAGACACGACGAUAUCAUGAGACAGUCAUUUCACGAGGACCUGAAACGGGAACAGAGACGCCCAGAGAAGACCUACUUCAUAAAACCCGGUAAACUUGAAGAGGAGGCAAUGAAGGCAUGGUGGACAAAAUGGUGGCGAGACGACGUUUGGCGUCGACAGAUGCCCGUGUGGCCGCUGUACACGAUAUUUGAAGCCUUGUCAGUUGGUCAGAAGGGUUACGAUAUUCCCGAAGCCAAGGGAAUCUACAUGAACCAUAAACUGUUGAUCGGAUACAUGAAAAGUAACAAGCUGAUUAUAACCAACGGGACUUGUGUGGUUACUUGAGAAGGAUAUUAACGAUGGGGAGAAGUGCUUUGAAUCUUUUCUUCUGUGCUACAGUGUCGAUUCGAAGAUGUGGCGUUGGUGCUUUUACUCACUGAAAUGUCACAGAUAUGUGCUUGUUAUUCUGUUCAUAUUCAGUGGUUAGAUUGUCAAAAAUUGACAUCACCGUCAUUAUUUUUCUUAUGGAGAGAAACCUAUAAAUAACUCACCAUGUGCAUAAUACAAAAAUGGCAUGUAUAUAUUAGAAAUGGCAGUUUAUAGGGCUGGCUAAAAUAAUCAAUAAUCGGGAAUAUCGUCGAUAGGAAAGAUUAGUAAUGAUUAUCGAUAUGAAAAUUGUUAUCGAUAAUAUCGUACAUUAAGUUUUGUGAUAUAAACAAGUUAUAACUUUCUCACAUAAUUUACAUAUUUAGCACUAUAUUUAUGGUAUUGCCUCUUGAUUAUGUUCAGGAAGUUGUUUUGUAAAUAAUCCAUGCAAAACAUGUCAUCACUCACCAGUGAUAUGAAAAUAUAUUCAUUUAAUUUACACAUUUGCUCAAUGUUACGUCUCUGGGAUUUAUCGAUAAUCAAUCGAUAUUUAGUUAACAAUCAUCUAUCUCAAUGAUUUAUAUCGAUAGCCAGCCCUAGCAGUUUACGGAUCACCGAUCUAGAUGGUCCCUGUGCAGCCGUCUCGCUGAAAACCCGGGUUCGAUUCCCCACCUGGGUACAGUGUGCGGAGCCCAUUUUGGUGUCCCCCGCCGUGAUAUUGCUGGAAUAUUACUACUCGUAAAAGCGGCGUAAAGCCAUACUCACUCACUCACUCACUCACUCCCUGACUCCCUGUGCUGCUGCUGACAUUGACAGCAAAUGUUCGCGGGAGUUUUCAUCACAUGCAGAUGAAACUUAAUUGUGAUUCACUAUGGACAAAAUGGAUUUGUUUAAAAAGAGAUUGGUUGGUAUAUGUACGGCAUUGUGUUUUAAGAAAUAAAGCAAUUUUGUAAAUCAA